AUGUCGGAGACGUUGGCUGCCGAAUACCGCCAGCUUGGGAAGUCGGGCUUGCGUGUCUCAGUUCCCAUCCUCGGAGGAAUGAGUUUUGGCACUCCUGCCUGGGGCGGCCCAUGGAUCUUGAACGAAGAAGAGAGUCUUCCUAUCCUUAAGGCUGCCUGGGAUCUAGGCGUGACCAGCAUAGACACAGCUAACACAUACUCGAACGGAGAAGCCGAGAGGAUCGUCAGCGCAUUUAUCCGGAAGUAUGAUAUCCCCAGGGAGAAGUUGGUGAUCAUGUCCAAAGUCAUGUUCUUGGUAUCCCCGGAUCCUGCCGUCCUAACGGUACUCAACCCUGGGUUGAACCACACGCGUGACUUUGUCAACCAAGGUGGCCUUUCCCGAACUGCAAUAUUCAACCAGGUGGAAGGGUCCCUCCGCCGGCUCCAAACGUCGUACAUCGACCUCCUGCAAAUUCAUGCCUUUGACCCUACUACGCCGAUAGAGGAAACCAUGAAGGCCCUACAUGAUCUGAUCAUCGCCGGGAAAGUGCGAUACAUCGGUGCAUCCAAUCUUCGUGCGUGGCAGCUUGCCGAGAUGAACCAUGUUGCGGAGAAGAACGGCUGGACGCCCUUUGUGAGCAUCCAGGUUGAGCACUCGCUGAUAUACCGCCCUGAGGAGCAAGAGAUGUUCGCGUACUGCAAGCACAAGGGGAUUGGCAUCAUCACUUAUUCUCCCCUCACAGAUGGACACCUCGCACGGCCGCUGGGAACUGAAACCACUCGAACAAAGUGUCUAGCUGGCACUCCAUUCGAGAAGCCCCGCAAGGAGUCGGACAACGUGAUUAUCAAGCGCGUCGAGGAAUUGGCCACGAAGCUGCAGUGGAAGAUGAGCCAAGUUGCGCUCGCUUGGAGUUCCUCCAAAGUAACGAGCCCAAUCGUCGGUAUAAACUCUGUCGAUAGGCUCAAAGAGUCCAUCAUCGCGGGAAAGACUUUGAGUGCGGAUGAUAUCAAGUAUCUCGAGGAACCGUACGAGUACCACCCACACAGGUUCGGCUGA